AUGCCUCGAGUUAAACCAAGACAAACAUCCCAAGCAUCACAAGCCUCCCAAGCAUCAAUCCGCUUCCACUCCUUCUCAAACACCCUCCUCGCCUACCUCGUCCCCAUAUGGUCCCUCCUCAACCUCACCCUCACCCUCCUCUCCACAACCGCCUGGAUCGCCGCCCGCACCCGCAUCCUCACCGGCCCCUGCAAAAACUCCUCCUACGGCCAAUCCGGCGGCUGCGAUUUCACCCGCUGGGGCCUCUACUUCUUCGUCUCCGCCUGCGCAUCCAUCAGCACCUUCACGGCCUCCUUCAUGGCCCUCACAUCCAUCCUCAGACCAAAACCUUCCGCCCUCGACCCCAUCUGGGUCUUUCGGGGGGUCUUCUUCACGCUGAUUCCGCUCAUGACAAUUACUUGGAUCGGAUGGAGCACGCCUGAUAAGCCGACUGGGAUUCUCAAGUUCCCUCGCGGGUUUGAUGACGAUGUCGCGACGCACUCUUUUCAGAAACCGCUGAGAGGGAUUGGGGGCGGCUUCAUUUUCGAGGUCAUGGAUCCGUGGAGGGAGACAUUGCCGGCUUUUAUACUGCUUCACAUCAACUUGUUCAUUGGUGCUUUACUCGCCGGAUACUCCACCGCCGUCUGCCACCCGAUCGCACCUCCUAAUACUCUUGCUCAUGCUUGUAAAGACCGGGGGUCUAAGGGCCUUGUUUUUCUCCCGAUUGCAUAA